ACAGAUAUUUCUGAUCUUUCAGUUGUCUCGUAUUGCAAAAGUUAUGUAUAUGCUAGUGGUAAAAACUGCGUAAAUUAGAAAUUGUGAUUGAAUUAAUGCAAUAAGUAUGCAUUCAGUGACUGAAUUUGGAAGUACAGUGCCGGCUUUUUUAGGAAAAUUAUGGCGACUUGUGGAAGAUCCAGAAACAGAUCAUUUAAUUUCAUGGAGUUCGGAUGGUUUGAGUUUUGUGAUUCGAAAUCAGGCUCAAUUUGCACGUGAAUUACUUCCUCUGAACUACAAGCACAACAAUAUGGCUAGUUUUAUUCGACAAUUAAAUAUGUAUGGUUUUCAUAAGGUUGCUUCUGCUGAAACUGGUAGUCUCAAAUUUGAUAAAGACGAAAUUGAAUUUUCUCACAUGUGCUUUUUAAAAGGCCAUCCAUACUUGCUUGAACACAUAAAAAGAAAGGUAACAAAUGUAAAAUCAUUGGAAUCAAAGUCGAUAUCAAAUAUAGAGGAAGUGAGCAGAGUAUUAAAUGAAGUAAAAUCCAUGAAAGGCCGACAAGAAUCAUUGGACGCACGUUUUUCUGCAAUGAAGCAAGAAAAUAAAGCGUUAUGGAGAGAGGUGGCUGUUUUAAGGCAGAAGCAUUUAAAACAGCAGCAAAUAGUUAAUAAAUUAAUUCAAUUCCUUGUGUCUAUUGUAACACCUGGCCGUGCAGCUCAUUUACCAUCUAUGAGCAUGGGAGUGAAGAGACCUUUUCAACUUAUGCUGGGUGACAGUCCCAAUCCAGCAAAAAUUGCAAAGACUAGUUCAAAUAAUGUUACAAUUGCUAAAAAACCAACAACAACUAAUGGACCCACAAUCCACGAAUUGGCAACUGAGAGCUCUGGCAAUGAAUUAGCAGUUGAAUUAGAAGAUUGUGUUGAGGAUGAAGAAUAUGUCUUAGGACCUUGUACAUCGCAACCUAUAAUAGCCAGCCCAAGGUCAACUGGUCAGCCAAGUCCAAAUCACUUAGAGGAUGUUAUACCUGUUCAAUUUGUACAAAAUGCUCCAUCAGAUGAAGUUCAGCAUUUUGUUGCAGAAGAAAUAGACCCACUAGAAUUAUUAAAUGUCAAUAGUAUUGCUUCAGCAUCAAGUGGUAAAUCUGCAACUAAUACAAACAAUGAUGAAGAUACCACAUCUAAGCUUUUAUUAUUUGAUAAAAAUAAAAAGUAUACUUCGGUUAAUGAAGAUCUUGUUGUUCCCGAUAUUAUAUUUGAGGAUCAGAAUAUUCGGGAGCAAACCGUAGAAAACUUAGAUCCUUUGGUCAGUGGCGGAAUUAAGCUAGAUUCAGGAAACAACAACAACCAAAGUUUAGUUAAACGGAAAAUGUCCAAAGAGAAUCUCACAAAUGAUAUGGCAUUAGCUACAGUAUCUUCUGCAAGUCAUAAAACCUUAGAUAGAUUAAAUUCAAAGGAUGAUGUAGAUCAGCAUUUGGAAAAUGUACAAGGCGAGUUAGAAUCUCUCCGAGAUUUACUUAAAGAGGAAGGAUAUCUGGAUGCAAAUGCUUUACUUGGGGUAUGUGGUACUCCUCUACCUGGAAGUUCAGUGCAAAGUUUAGCUGUUGACACUGGAAUGUUUUUUAAGCUAUUUGGUAGUGAUGAUCCUUUGUCAUAUGGUAUUACUAUGAAUCCUUCAGAUUUAACAGAAGAUGACUGUGCACGAUUAAGGAAUUAUAAUGAAAAUGCUGGUUUAGAAUUAAUGACAUAUUCAGGAAUGCAACCAGAUUUGGUAGAUUUGAAUGAAAUGUGGGUGAAUCAAGAACUUGAAUCUGAUGUAGAGAAAGAUUUGCCAAAGACAGCUGAGGAGCUGCAUACACCACAAGUUGGACUCAGUCUAGCUCCGUUUGAAAAAUAAUCUAAAUUUAAAACUGCCUGGCUGUGUACAGAACUGAGGUUAGUUGUAGUAGUUUCUUUUUGCAUUAUAAUUUUUGCUUGACAUUCAUAAAACAAAUUGUACUAUUCACUAGAAUUGUAAAUUAAAAAGAAUAGUCAUGCAAUUUUAAUACCAAUAUGUUAAAUUUUAUUUAUUACAUUUUUCUCAAUUUAUUUUAGAAUUUUACUUAAGAUUGGCACUCAUUCAUAAUGGGUUAUGUAUAUAUAUUUUAUAUAAAAUUUUAUGUAUGGGAUUUGAGUGAUAAUCACUCAGCGUGAAAAUAAUGGUUAUUUUAAACAAUUAAUUUUAAGUGCAUUGCAAUUCUUUUGCUUGCUA